GCACUUGUGAGAAAACUUGAACCUACGACAUAUCAGUUUGUUGCCUUACGCUUAUAACAUUUACGCUUAUAACAUUUGAGAUAUAGUUCAUCGGUAAUGUAUUUAAAAAAAUGUAUUUUAAAUUUUUAAUUAUAACUUAAGGUGUUGUCGGAAAUCUAGAUCCAAAACUUCGUUUGCAUUGAAAAUGACACUGUAUGGUAUAUAUUUGACGGCAAAUAGCAACAAAUUCCACGCAAGAAGACAAAAAUUAGCAGAAAAUGGUAUAUUUGGGGUUGCAUUGUUAUGUAUAAAUUAGAGUAAUUACUCUACUGUGAACUAAUCAACCUGAUAAAUCACUACCGACUGCUCCGAUCAAUUAAAGUAUUAGUUUUGAUAAAAUUAUAAAAAUGGGUGUUGUUUCGUAUGAAAUGGUGGUGAGCUCGUCCAUUCCGGCAGCCAAACUCUACAAGGCCUUGAUUCUUGAGGGUGAUACUCUCAUUCCUAAGAUCUUGCCGCAGGCUGUUAAGAGUGUUCAAAUUCUUGAAGGAGAUGGCGGACCUGGAACCAUCAAACUGGUUACCUUUGGUGAAGGUAGCCAAUUCAAGAAUGCUAAGCACAAGGUUGACGCGAUGGACAAAGAUAAGUUGAUAUUCAAUCAUAGUGUAAUCGAAGGUGACAUGUUAGCCAAUGUGAUUGAAAAGAUUAGUUAUGAGACCAAGUUUGAGCAAUCUUCGGAUGGAGGGUGCAUUUGUAAAGAAAGUAGCAAAUACUAUACGAUUGGUAAUUUUGAGCUUACCCAAGAUCAACUUAAGGCCGGCAAAGAAAAGGCUUUAGGGAUUUUCAAGGCUAUUGAAGCCUAUCUCUUGGUUAAUUGUUUUAAAAAUUAUAAAUUUUAG